CUUAGUGAAAUGCAACCUUUCAAUAAAUAUUACCCUCCAGAUUGGACACCUGAUAAAGGAUCUAUCAAUAAGUAUCAGGGUAAACAUGCUCUGGGAGAUAGAGCCCGAAAAUUGGAUGAAGGCAUCCUCAUCGUAAGAUUUGAAUUGCCUUUCAACAUUUGGUGUAAUGGUUGUGACAAUCACAUCGGUCAAGGCGUUAGAUACAACGCUCAAAAGAAACAGAUCGGCAAAUACUAUAGUACGCCCAUCCUACAGUUUCGGAUGAAAUGUCAUUUAUGUGAUAACUGGAUAGAAAUACAGACAGAUCCCAAGAAUACUCAGUAUGUUGUGGCUAGUGGUGCUCGCAAGAAAGUGGAAGAAUGGGAGCCAGAAGAGAAUGAGGUUUUGAAGAUACAAGAUGCUGAUGAAAAGGAAAAGUUAGAAUCUGAUCCGAUGUAUCGAUUAGAGCAUGGAAUAAAAGAUAAGCAAGUGAUCAGUGAGGCGACACCGCAUCUAACACAGUUACAAGAGCUGAAUAACACACAAUGGUCAGACCCUUAUACAAGGUCUCAGCAAUUAAGAAAACGCUUACGA